CUCAGAGCUGUCCUGAUGUAUAUAUGCAAGUAGGGAGAAGUGAAUCAGCCCUUUGAUACAGUAAUAUAAUAAAAGUGAACUGGCAAGCAGCGGGUCUUAGCUUUCUCCUUUCUUGUGGGAAUGAGUUGCCAAUCUUUCACUUCGGCUGAUACCUUUCUACCUCUGAAUUCUGAUGCUUCUGCUGCUCUACCACUGAGGAUGCACCACAGUGCUGCUGAGUGUCUCCCGGCCUCCAACCAUGCCACCAACGUGAUGUCCACAGCCACAGGACUUCAUUAUUCUGUGCCUUCCUGUCAUUAUGGAAACCAGCCAUCCACCUACGGAGUGAUGGCAGGCAGUUUAACCCCUUGUCUUUACAAGUUUCCAGACCACACCCUGAGUCAUGGGUUUCCUCCCCUGCACCAGCCUCUGUUGGCAGAGGACCCCACGGCCUCUGAAUUUAAGCAGGAACUCAGGCGGAAAAGCAAAUUGGUGGAAGAGCCAAUAGACAUGGACUCCCCAGAAAUCCGAGAACUGGAACAAUUUGCCAACGAGUUUAAAGUGAGAAGAAUUAAGUUAGGAUACACCCAGACAAACGUGGGCGAAGCGCUGGCUGCUGUCCACGGCUCAGAAUUCAGUCAAACAACCAUCUGUCGAUUUGAAAACUUGCAGCUCAGUUUCAAAAAUGCUUGUAAACUAAAAGCAAUUUUAUCCAAGUGGCUGGAGGAAGCUGAGCAGGUCGGAGCUUUGUACAAUGAAAAAGUGGGAGCAAAUGAAAGGAAGAGGAAACGGAGGACAACUAUCAGUGUUACUGCUAAGGAUGCUUUGGAGAGACACUUCGGAGAGCACAGCAAGCCUUCCUCACAGGAGAUUAUGCGGAUGGCUGAAGAACUGAAUCUGGAAAAAGAAGUAGUAAGAGUGUGGUUUUGCAACCGAAGGCAGAGAGAAAAACGGGUGAAAACGAGUCUCAAUCAAAGCCUGUUCUCUAUUUCCAAGGAGCAUGUUGAGUGUAGAUAAGGCUUGCGUGUGUAGCCACGUGUGGUAGCCACGUGUGGUAGCCAUGCGUGAUAGCCACUCCGUUUCUUUCAGUUUUCAAGAAAAAUCAGAAGUUACUCACGUGGUUAGCGUCACAAACUAGAUUGGAUCAGUAACUCCUGCAGUUUUUUU